CUUGUCUAUAAUCUCUAUUUUCUAUUCUCAUUCAUUGUUUUUUUUUCAUGGUGUGGUUAUCAUCAACUUGAAAGAGGACUAGCGCUAGAUGAAAUCUUCAGAAGAUAGGACUAGGGCAAGAGCGACGUUUUGGAGAUCUCGAACUUGUCUAAGAAAUUCAAAUUGUUCAUUUCGUGAGGCACUCAUCAAAGCAGAAAAAUAGCUACAACAAUGUCCGGCAACGCAUCCGGUGACUCGUCCAGUAGGGCGGGCCUUCCGCCAGGUACCACGGUAUCUUCAGGCGAUAGCGCCUCUUCGGGACUCCUCGGGGGCCAUCCUUCACUCUGGGGUGGUGCUAAUUUUCUGGCGCCAAUGCCAGGAGGUGUCCCAGGUGUGCAGGGACCCCCUUUCAAUCCUGGUUUCAACAUGAUGAUGCCGCCCGACCUCAACAUGCUGCAACAAGCAGCACCCCCUCAAUUCCAGCCAUCAGCUCCAGGGGCAUCUUCCAGUAGUAGUGCUAUCCCUCCUCCAGCUCCAGGAUCAUACCCCCAUCUUCCCUUUCUUGAUACUGCACAACUUCUGCAACAGAUACAACAAGGAGCUUCAGUAUCCUCCAGUUCUAGCUCUGCCAAAGCCAAUCCAACAGCGGUACAGCAACAGCAGCAAUUGCUUGCACAAUUACAGCAGCAAAUGCAAGCGCUACAACUUCAACAAUUGCAGUUCGCACAACAACAAGGACUACUUGGUGGUCAGCCGGGAGGACCAUUGCUCGGACAGCCGCAACCAGCAGGAGGGUUACCUGCAACAAGUGGCCUCGUACAACCUACCACUACUACCACUCCUCCAGCAAUGAACAAGAACACAGGAGCGUCAUCCUCUUCCUCAGCUGCACCAGUAACGACACUCGUUGUGCCACCAAAAUCUAAGGUGAAUGAUGCUACCAGCACAAUACCAGGGAUGGACAAUGUCGCAUUCACAGGAGACCUCUGUUAUCGCGUAGUUAUGCCAGAUGGCUUUGAGAUGGCAGCAAAUGCUCAGCAGGCAGAAGCCAUGCGCGCUCGUGGCUUCACAGUGAUAGCUCCAGUCCCAAAAAAGAUCCCAAAGAAACGCGGAAGGCCUUUUAAAAAUCCACCCAAAGUUGUAGAAGAAGACGUAGGUGAAGAUGUUGCACAACAAGAAAUGGAGGUUGCACAACAAGAAAUGGAGGUUGCACAACCAGAAAUGGUUGCACAACAAGAAAUGAUGGCUCUUCCUGUUGUCAUGGGUGGAACAGCGAGUGAGACAGGUAAAAAAAUUAUUAUUAUACAUAGAUACAUAGAGUUAAACUUUCUACUGAAGGCAGCCUUUUUUGGACAUCCUUUUAGCCUUCUUGAUGACCUCCUUUCACACCCUGACAUAACUUUCAGGUUUUUCGAGUGAUCCAUACCGCCGCAAGACAUUUGAUGUGACGAGGACCAUAGAAGGGAACUCGAUCCAGAUAAACUUCGUGAAGGAAGGGAAGAGAAGAGGUGGGAGAAAGCCAAAGGAUGCUGGGCCGACUUGUCUUCGACUUAUUAUGGCUGGUGACUUUUUUUCUGAAUAGAAGAAAUUGGAAUGCUAAAAAACAGUGAUUAAGUAUAUUUCCAUAUACAUAGGCUGUAAUUGAGUAGACCUUGUUAUUUCAAAAUUCACUAGGAGAAGAACAAGUUACAAUUGUGCUAACUAUGUUCAUCUGAAAAACAGUAAACGCAGUACUACUACUACUACAGUGUAUAAUUCCAAUAAAGCCAAACAAGUAGAAAAAAUCCAGUGAAGAUCAUUCUCUCCCCCAAGCUCCACAAUCCUCCUUUUAUACUGUCUCAUCUAAAAUACAAAAGAUAAGAAGCAAAGAAGACGGGGAUGAUGAAGGGGAUGGUACGAAGAUGAAUUCCUCGAGCGCUUCAUCAAGGGUUCUUGCAGUGAAGCCCUUUUCACGUGACAACUUUCCUGUCAAACGGGUUAACUUAUGAUGAGACGGGUUAACUUACUCCGCUUCGGCUUCCCACAAUCUAGAUUAAUCCAACUCCAUAUCUACUCUUUCAAUUAGCAAGACCUGUGAUGAUGAGUAUGGUUGCUGCUAUCUUGGGUCCAUCACUAAGUACAUUACAACUCCAUCCUUCUCUUCAUGAUGCCAGAAGUUUGAUGGGAGGCCUAGUACUACCUCUUGUAGUACUCACACCUAGAAGUUACCACUACUCCUCUAAUUCAAAAAAACGACGUGAAUGCAAUCUUGGCCCCACCACGUGCAAUGGCAACGAAAGAAGACAGACAAGCCCCCGGAAGCCUGGUCCAGCUUCGCAGGCGUAUGAUUAUUGUCCUAUUGAUUUUGAUACGCAUUCAGGAUCCUCGUACUAGAAGUACUACUAAAACGUAAACGUACAGCUAAUGGUAAAAACGUCCAAUCUGAAUCCAUAUCAGCGUCGUUUAAAGGUAUUGCAACUUCUGCUCAAAUUUAUCUUUAGUUUCUCCAUUCAGAUCCAUUUACGCUAGUUCUUGAUUUCAUGAUCUACCGCCCUCCCUGCUCAUCCUGUCCGUCUCCUUCUAUGUUAGUUGAUUUCAUGAUCUACACCUUGGUUGGCACCACGGUCAACGACACUCGGCAACGGUGGAGACCGGCUGUGCAUAGGCAUUACCGGCAGAGGCUGAAGCACGAGCAAGUCGAAUACAGGAAGAUCCGAUAUAUGUACACAACCUUGAUUUUAUGACGAGAUUUGUCACGGCAUCAAAUAAGUUGUAACACAAGGUCCUCUUCAACUUCAAGACUUUUACACAAAGGGAGUUUUAGGAUUACAUUUUUCACGCACGAACUCCCCAUGAUCCUAGACGCAACCGCCGUAACAUUUUACACGCACGAACUCCCCAUGAUCCUAGACGCACCCUCCUCUCCUCGCUCUCGUCUUCAUAUUCCCGUCGUCCUGCAUGGAAACUUCGGCUGUGGAUCCGGAUGCAGUUGAAGAAACACGCCAAGAAGAUUCAACAAGAACUUGCUGAAAAUGCACUAAAGGACCGAGAAGGCAAAGGAAAAGAACAGGACGGAGAAGGCAAAGAAAAAGAAGAUGAUGAUGCUAAGGCUAAGAGACAGAAAGUGGAGAAAGAAGACGAUGCAGGAAGCGAUGAGAAGAACAAGAAGACGAAGAAAGGCAAGGACGCAAAAGAGAAAAAAGAAGAUGACGAGGAAGGCGAUGAGGAUGGCAUGGACCAGACGCCAUCUUUUGCAGUUAAGAAUCCACAAUUUUUAUCAGUUGCAUUUUAAUUUUAAUCUUGUUCCCCUUCGCCUUCCCUCCGCUCCUACUUAGAAAUAAAGUGACCAAUGUUGUUGUACUAAAUGUUGUAAAUGUCCAUGACUGUGGCAUCACCUGAUGUACUUGUACUACAAUUCCAAAAUACAUCAUCCUUUAGCUAAUUAUAGAUACCUCUAAAAUCCAAAGCCGGUGUCCAUCCAAGACCUCAUCAAUAGGCAGUAAGGUCUUCAGAUUCGGUGGGCAAAAAGAGGAGAGGCAACAACCCAUAGGGCGUCUACAAAAGCAGAGGAUGGAGGAGGCAAUGCGCAAAAAGAUGGGCUUGGUGAUGCCAGAUCAAGUCGUCAUAUCCAAAUUUUGUGUACUUGUUAUAUAUACUUUUUGUUCUUUGUUGAAGUUGAUUCUUCUAAUCUAGAUUGUACUUGAAGUUGACGAAGUGGAAAUCGUAGUUGAACUUGCAGUCGCUAUUCAGAUAAUAAGAGCUUCGUUUCGAGCAAUAAAGAAGACGGAGAAGUUGUACUCCUACCAAUACACGGUCAUCAAUCAUCCAUCAAGAACACAACUUCUAUCAGGAUUACACCGAUGAUGCGCAAGUUCUGGAGGCAAGACAAUUAUGGAAGAAACCUCCUUUGCGGAAAACGACGACUGCAAGCACUAGUUUCGAGAUCGCGGAUAGUCGUUGCUACGGAGAUAUCGACUACUGUCCUCCACGGUUGUUAAACAGUGGUCAGAAGAUCCAUCUCCCUAGAACUGAAGACUUGCAGGAAAUGGCCUACUGCAUGCAGACAAGGGAUCCGCUGUUUGGGAUGAAGUGGUUGUCGACGUACAAAAACGGCAAACCGGUGUUCGGCCGCGUCUGCCGCAUCUUGCAGGAACAAAAGACAGGUGCCAAAUUUUACCAAGUUCAUUGGCUGACGACGGAUACCUACGAAGUCCAUCUACAGUCCAGAAUCCUGAUGUUUUUGGGUCCCCAGGAUCGGAAGAACUUGCUGGGCAGGGUAAAAGUGCGGCAGCAAUGAUCGACGAACACUUUUGAUGGUUGUCUAGUAGUUUUGAGCGAUGUCAACAUGAUGCAUGGUUGAAUAUUGUCGUUGAUUCGCGCCAAAUUAUCAUACCACGGAGCACUUCCACUUGCGUUUCAGCAGACCAGAGAUGUAGAUCCCCUGCAACAGGUUUAGUCUUCUCGCACUUUUAUUCAUGGUGGAAACCACUAUUCACACUCCGCUACAUGAUUAGUAUGACUUUUCCACACGACGCACACUACGCAAAAAUGCACUGGCUUGAUCGACGAAGGUAGACGCUGUCCCUAUUCCGUGGAAUUGAAAACGAAGAAAGUGGUCAACCUCAUGAAAGAUGCAAUAGACGAUGCCAAAUAUAGCGAGUGUGCUCAAUAUCAGAUGAGCAUGAAGUUGCGAUCGGGA